AUCCUAAGUGAAAUAAGUGACUCCUUUCUUCUCGGUUUUGAUUGUUAGCAACACCGCGCACAACCCUGUAGGAAAGAGAUAUUGCAAUAUACCUGGUGCAACCCAACGCCGCCUCUGGCAAUUAAACAAGCUUGCAAUGGUAUGUCCACAUAUAUUGUUACAUAUGAACUUAUGUUGAUCAAUCUCCUAUAUAAAAAGUUGAAUCAUAUCCUGCUCCAUUGUCUUCACACAAUUUACCAAUGGUUGCGCGUUCUGCAGUAUUUUUAUCCGCUCUCCUUGCGCAAUGCUGGACAUUGCAAGCCCACUUGGCUGUUUGGACACCUGCUAUGUAUGGCCAAGACCGUGCAAAUCCCAACAGCAACAAGGCCGUUCAACCUCUCCAAGACUAUACCUUUAAAGAAUGGUGGUGGCACGGCUCUAUGGAUGAUAAGCCAGAUAAAAAUGCCGUUUUCCAUCUCCCAGCCGGUGGAAAAGCCGAUCUGGAAAUUGCUGAUAACAAGGCAUUUACCAGCAUGGGAGCGCAUGGACUUUUCCCCAACCCUAGAACGGCCCCAGUUCCAUGGACCAACACUGACAAUGGAUGGGGUAAUAUGCACGCUGUUCAUCGUCAAGAUGUCGCUGGAUGCGCUCUCGGUAUUGCCUACAAAGACAAGCCAGAGGACGUUAAGCCUGAGGAUUUCGUCAUCUUCUCCGUUGUUCAUGACUGUCCUGCCAGACAAUUGCAGAGCUUUGAUAUCCCCGACCUUCCCAAGUGCCCCAACGGCAAAUGUCAAUGUUCUUGGUUCUGGAUCCACAAGUCUAUUGGUGGCACUGACCAAAUGUAUAUGACACCAUUUGUCUGCGACGUUAAAAAUUCUACAACCACCAAGAAGCUCGGCAAGCCCAUUCCUCCCGUCAAGUGUGAUACCAACAAGGCCAAAUGCAUUGUUGGCGCAAAGCAGCCUAUGUACUGGAAAAACAAAGAAGGAAACAACAUGUUUGAGCCUGGACAUUAUGCUCCUACCUACAGCAAUGCUUACAACUACAAGGAAGGUGCCCAGAACGAUAUCUUCCAAAAUGGCCAUGCUGCCGGUAGUAAGAAGACCACCAAGAAGGCUACAACCACGGCAACCAAGACCAAAUCCAAGUAAGCUGAAGCACGCUAGAUAGGUUAGACGUAGUACCGAUAGUUUUGUACGCUGGAUAUAUAGACUUUUUCUUAAUAGUAAAAGCGUCGUAGCUGGAAUGGUCCAUAUUUAGCAGUGCGUAAAGAACUGAUCUACACUAUCUGUCGGUGGCUCAUUCGAAUAAACU